AUGUAUAUUGUAUACGGCCAGCAGCUGUGUGCAAUCAUAAUCACCUUAUUUUGUCAAAACACAGACCAAACAUCUAAGUUCUCUAAAGAUAAUAGGUCAAAUCAUCAAAAUCCUAAAGGCGACUCUGAAGAAUUAAAUCUCUCUAUCCAUGUUAAUUUUACCAAAAGAAUACUGUAUCUACAUAAUGUUUACAACACUUUUUCAGCUGUUUCUGUAAGCUGCAUUCUAACUGAACUAAACCAAACAGGCAGAAGUAAAACUUACAACCCACAGGAUCUAAAGCAGAAUUUUGCACAAUCCCUCCACAUUCCUCGUUUACCCAAAAGAAAAUAA